UAUUCGAUAGACACAGUGAGACGCAUCAGGACGCAUUAGCUUCCCGCCAAGAGAAAAGUUUAAUGGUUAUUAUUUGGAAAAAUGGACAACUUCACGGCCAGUCCAGCUUACAAGCGGUUGCAAAUAAUGAAAAAUUAUUACAAAAACCAUUUUCCUAUUACUCCCCUAUGGAAUUUCGUGCAGUCUGGAAAUGAAAGUGACUCCUUACAACGAGAGUUGGCUUUCGUAUCCAUCACCGGUGGUUGGAGUCGAUUUCAAUUUUUCAAUGAUGACAAACAAUUACACCAAAGCCUGAUCUCCAAAUAUCCCAAGAGGAUUGACUUGGGUGCAAAGUACAGGCUCACCCCGAGGAAAAAAAAACCAGGUGAGAUUGAAAAGAAAAUAGCUGAGGAGCACGAACUAGUUUUGGACAUAGACAUCAAUGACUACGACGAGGUGAGGACCUGCUGCAAGGGUCCAAACAUGUGCGACAAGUGCUGGAAAUUCAUGGCAAUUGCUUGUGAAAUCCUCGAGGAAGCUCUGAGGAGGGAUUUCCAGUUGAAACAUAUCCUCUGGACGUAUUCAGGAAGACGAGGGAUCCAUGGAUGGGUUUGUGAUGAGAAAGCCAGGACCCUCAAUUGGAAGGAGAGGAAUGCAGUGGCCAAGAGCCUCCAGAGUGUGAGGUGCAAGUCCAAGGGGAUCAGUCCCCAGGUGGAGAGGGCCCUCAACGUCAUUAGAGCCCACUUUGAGGAGAUUAUUGAGGAGCAGGGCCUUCUGGAUACCCCAGAGGGCACCAAGUACUUUUUGGGAAUGCUGCAGCCGGAGAGCAUCAAGACUUGUGUCGAGAGGGCGUUCAUGUUGUGCAAUAAUACCCGAGAGAAACUGCACGCUUUCCAAGACUUGAUCGUUCAAGUGAAAAAGAGAGAGGAGUGCUACCUCGUCGAAGAGGUGAUGAUCCAGUGCUUUUAUCCCAGGCUGGAUCUCCCUGUGACCACUCAGAUCAGUCAUCUUCUCAAAGCACCAUUCUCCAUGCAUCCUGCUACUGAGAGAAUUUCUAUUCCUUUCCGGGCUGAGAGGGUCUGGGAGUUUAGGGUUCAACAUGUACCAGUGAUCAGUGCUAUUGCUGGGCUUGAGGGGGAGGUCGAGAACAGGGAGGUGAUGGUGAGCAACUUUAGGGAGGCCACGGAUUUUUUUCACUCAUUUGCUAAGGGAUUGAUUUCGGAGGCGAUGGAGGCGAUGGAGGCGAUGGAGGAGGGGGCUGGCAGGCUCAAGGGUGGACAGAGAAAGUUGAAACUGAGGACGAGACCUGAGACGUCCAGGCCAGGUCUGUGGCUUGACAAGUUGGCUGCUUCUGCUUCCAAGGAAAGCCUUCCACGGAACCUUAAAAUUCCUUCGUCGAUUGGGAUUGGGGAGGAGGCAAGUGCUUAUUAUCCUGCUUCUUGCAACAAAUUGCAAUUGGAAUUCAACAAUGCCAAGAUUGGGUCGCCUUCAGGGCAAGUUGUUGGGAAAAUUCUUCACAGCAGCUGUUUGUCUGGGGGUUCAGGGCCUGUGCUUGGUAGUAGCUAUUUUAAUAUUGAGAAAUGGGAUCCUAUGACAUCGAACAGUCGCGAUAGACUUGAAAUUUUAAUGAGUUUGAGACAAUUGCCCAUGAGGAUAAGAGAUAGGAAGAAUUCUAAUGCUACAGGCAUCCAGGAGGUUCCAGUUGUCGAGCCCACAGCAGAGAAUGGAGCAAUGCCAUUUAGAGCCUCUUUUGAAGAGCCAAACAACACUCAACAAUAUCCCAACUCUAUAUCUUCAGUUAAUAUUGAGGAGAUUAUUCCCAACGUCCCUCAACUCCUCACCGACACGCCACAAGCUGCCAGUUCAAAUUUAAACAAGGCCGAAGCUAUGAGAAAGUUGGGGCGGGGGAUGAUGAAAAGUAGACUUGAGACUACUGGAGGCUUCUCCUCGUCUUCACAGAUACUUCUAGGUGUCGCGUCCACAUCUAGAGCUUCUUCUGAAAGGCCAAACAAUACUCAACAAUCCGUCAGCUCUAAAUCUUCACUUAAACAAGAGAAUAUUCCACAAGUCAUGUCCAGAACAGAGGAGAUGAAUGAAUUUAACCCUAUUGCUUGUCGUAAUAAUAAGAGAUCACUUUCUCCUCAGAGUAAUUCUGGCAAUUCAUUCAACAAAAGAGGACGUCCGGUACCCGCUGACACAUGUGCAGUGAUCGAUCUUACCUCAGAUUCACUUUAGAAGACUAGAAGGCUUCAAUUAUUUCCUUCAACCUUUCUAAACCAGUUUCUCAGUGUUUCAAGUGGUUCGAGGAUCCAUUCCAUUCAAGAGCUGAUUGAAAAAAAAGUACCUCAAUCAGGUAACUCUUGUGGAGAUUAAAAUGGGGAUGAAUGCUCAAUGCAUUUUUUUUUCAAAUAAUAAUGGUAUAUUUUCCACCAUUAUUAUUUGUGAUUUUGAGGUGCUGUGAAUGUUUUUUUUAUAAUAAUUAGAGAUUAAGGUCCAAAGUACUGAUGUGCAAAAACAAUUUUCUUUUCCAUAAAAUGGAGAACAAUUGUUUUGUCUGAUUAUUUGUGCUGUGACUUGUUUAAAAAAAUAGUCAUAGUAAUAAGAAAGUUCAUGUUUUUUGUAU